AUGGUUAGAGAACGGGUAAUGCCUAUCUCAAGUUUUGUCCACCACUACAAGGUCAUGCUGAAUGAAUUGCUUUCUCAAAUGAAGAAAGAUGACACCGAUUUUAGUGCUAGUAAUUGCUUACAUCCAUCAUCAAUGCGGAAAAAAUACGGUCAUACAGACACAAAGAGUUUUAGAGGUGAAGAUAUUGGUGUCAUCGUGCUUGGAAAAUUUAAGGAUGGCAUAUAUUGCUACUCCACAUCUUGGUUAUUCCUCCAUGUCUCUCCAAGAUAUCUGAAGGCUUACAUGAGUACAAUAUCGUGCCAUCAAAUAAACUUUUUUGAAGGUUCUUCAAAAUUGUUGAGAUGUCAAUGCCAUCAUGUCACCUUGAUAGGCUAUGAUGACAUGUUUCUUCUACUAUAUAGAUCUCAUCUUCUGGACGACUGCAAUUGCAUGACAGAACUAGCAGCAUUGAUGUUCUGA